CGCGGCGCUGCCCGGGCUCUCGCCCGCCCGCGGCCGCAGCGCGGGGCAGCGCCUCGGCGGCCCCCGGCGCGCCGCUGCGAAGCUGCGCGCUGCAGCAUGCACAGCCCCGCCGCCGCGCCGCGCUUCCUCUCCGAGUGGGCUGCGGGUGGUGGUUUCUCGUCUUUUUUUUUUCGCGUGUGUGUGUGUUGCUUUUUUUUUUCCACCAACUUCCUUCCUGCUCCAACUGCCAAAGCUCAACGCUGAGAGCCGAGAGAGGAGAAGGACCCCGGACGCCGCUCAGCCGAUCAAGUGACCAUGACUGAGAAGACCCAAGAACCUCAUGUGGAGGAAGAUGAUGAUGAACUGGAUGGGAAACUCAACUACAAACCUCCUCCCCAGAAAACGCUUCAGGAGCUGCAGGAGUUGGACAAGGACGACGAAAGCCUUGCUAAGUACAAGAAGUCCCUGCUGGGAGAUGGGCCUGUAGUGGCAGACCCAACAGCUCCCAAUGUGGUGGUCACCCGACUCACCCUGGUAUGUGACUCUGCUCCAGGACCAAUCACUAUGGACCUUACAGGUGACCUUGAAGCACUCAAGAAAGAGACCUUUGUAUUAAAGGAAGGAGUUGAAUACAGAGUUAAGAUCCACUUCAAAGUAAACAGAGACAUUGUCUCAGGAUUGAAAUACGUGCAGCACACCUACCGGACAGGGGUGAAGGUGGAUAAAGCCACAUUCAUGGUUGGCAGCUAUGGGCCGCGGCCAGAGGAGUACGAGUUCCUGACGCCGACUGAAGAGGCCCCAAAGGGUAUGCUGGCCCGAGGCACCUACCACAACAAGUCCUUUUUCACGGAUGACGACAAGCAUGACCAUCUCACCUGGGAGUGGAACCUGUCCAUCAAGAAGGAAUGGACGGAAUGAGUUCACCCAGUUUGCCUUCCCCCUUCCCAUCCCCCUGCCUCCUGCACAAGGCUCCAGGCAGGUCAUGUCCGCCACGCUGCUCCCACUCCUGCCACCGCGGCCGGCCGCAGCCCUCACAGCCCUUCCUGCAGGCGCAGGGGGCUCUGUGCCAGCCUUGGUCUGUGCACAGGCCUUGCACAUGGCCUUUGCUGCUUCUUCCAGUACACUGAAAAUAACUCACCCGUUCUCACCACUGCUCCAUCAUGACACAUAAUGGGUUAAAUUGGGAAGCAUCUCCCUCUCCUGUUCCCAGUACUUUCUCCUGCUGCCUCCAUGUCCCCUUCUACACCAACUCCGGUCCCAGAAGUGCCUUUUCUAGGAAACAAGGUCACCUCGCCAGCUCCUUGAUUCUCCUGGCAGGCCGGACUGGUCCCUGGAAAAUCCCUAUCUGAGUUACACUUGCCAUGUGCUCUGACUCAUCGUAAAUGGCUGCUUACCUCCUGUGAUAGUCUCCUGGUCUGUAUGUGGUGUCCUACCUGUUGAAAUCCAUCCUUGUGCAGGCAAAAACAGUCAGGGGGAUGCAGCUAGAUGCUGUAACAAGACUUCAGUUUCCCAAGAAUAAAACCAGUUUCUUUCUUC